CGACGUACUGAGACGGAGACAGAUUCCUCGUCCGUCAAGUUGGACCAGGCAGAGGCCAAGUUCAAUUCAGUGAAGGGCCUCACUUUUUCUUGUCAAACCAAACUCCAGCCGGAACCAGAGGGAUCCAGUGAGAGGCUAGUUGUUGCGGUGGAGUCAAGGUCCUUCGAGCAUUUGGGAUUCUUCCAUUUUCCAAGUGUGUAAAAGGAGGUCGACCUGGAUCAUUGCCGAAGAAACCCUUGUCAUUUUGCCCAUAGAAAAAUAGCUCAGGACUACCGUGGGCCACGACUGCUACCACCACAACUACCUCAAUCUCGUCUUCUAGGGCCAGCAACAGACGAAUAAUGUGAGAGUGUUCAGAUCGUCGAGACUGAACAGGCAGCUUGUCAAACUCGAACCUGCACUAAAUACAAAGUAACUACGUUCCCUGUACAUCAGUCGGACCAGAAUCCCCGCUGCCGAUCGCGUAGUGCGGGUUGUGGGCGAAUGUGAGACAUGUGAGGGCUGGGAACAAAACAAGUUUUGCCUCUGAACACACGAAUCUUCAUCGUGUGUUGAAGAGACAGAGAGAGAGAGAGAGAUGGAGUGAAAGAAAGAAAGAAAAAGAGGGAGAAAAGGAAGAAAUAAAAUCACAUGUGAGGCACCACUCUCUCAUAAAGGCCAAUUUCGUUCCGGACAGCCAGGCUGUGUCUUCCAUUGCCCUUCGCGAACCUCAAUUUUGUGUUUGAUCCGUGAUGUGAUACAAAGAGUUCUGUGGGAUGCUAAAAUAGCCCAUAGGUGAAAAAGUGUUCUCAUGGAUGUUGGAGGUUCCUUGACCAUGUCGUCUCUACCCAGUCCCCCAAUCUUGGGCAAUGGCCUCGGAGACUGUUCGAGCCAAGCUCGAAAACCUGGAGGAAAACGCUCGAAUCCCAAUGCGUCAAACCCAGCCAAACCUCGAAAGCCGAGGAAACGAUACAUCCGGAUUGUGGCGUGUUCGGUGUGCGGAGAUAUUGCCAAUGACCACGUCCAUUACGGAGCAAUUGCCUGCUAUUCUUGCCGAGCAUUCUUCCGUAGAUCUGUCAGUAACGAGGCUCAUUAUGAGUGCUCUAGAAAUAGUAAAUGCCCCGUCACAAAGGAGACCCGAAAACAUUGUCAGAGCUGCCGCUUCAAAAAGUGCAUCGAUAUCGGCAUGAAGCCUUCCUGGGUGAUGACAGAGGAUGAGCGGAAAGACAACCGAGCCAAGAUCUUAAAGAAGAAAAUGGAGCUCCGCAAGGGCCUCCGACGGUCAUCCGACUCGAGGACAUCGAUCUCGUCAGAUUGUGCCAAGAAUCCGGAGCACGACGAUGCCAAUCUUUCACCGGAGAGUGAAUUUAUGCCCGACCAGACGUUCAAAAGUGAAGAUGAUACCGAAGACGAGAGUAUUGCUUCCGAGAUCAGUGGCCAAGAGAGGAAGGAGAUCAUUCCCUACGGCCUUCAAAUGGGCUAUGAGCAUUGGGAUCCCCGUGGGAAUGAAACUACGUUACAAAGCAUCCCCACUCUCGAUGAGAAGACCUUCCUCGAUGAUCUAGUCUUGAAAGAAGCCGCCUGUCGAAGAGAAAUUCCCAUCAGACAUGAAACCCUAAUCAAAUUCAUGGACAGUGCAAAACAUGGAACCAUCAUUCCAUACGACGCUUGUGUCGAUGGCUUCAGUACUUGUGUCCAAAGAAUUUCCAAAUUCAUGAGCAGACUGGACUUCUUUUCAUCCCUCAUGUGGAGUGACCAACAGAUCCUUCUCCGAUGCAACACGCACAUGGUGGUCAACCUGAAGUCGGCGCGGAUGUUAAAACCGACGAACAGCCUUCAAGGACAGCUAUGUUUGACCAAUGGCACCCAGCCCAACCAAGCCAUAUCAGCCUCUCCAAACCGGUUGACGUACUCGCAGUUUUUUAACUCCCCUUGGUGUUGCAGUGCGGACAAAGAAGAAGAGUACAAGAACCUCAUGGAUGAGCUGUUCAACCUCGACAUGGACGAUAUCACUUCGGUUCUCAUGAUGAUCAUGACCAUGCUCGCUCCGCCAUCGGAAGAGCUCAUUCAAUCGAAUCAGGUGUCCUCAAGACGAAGCUAUUUCUCCCAACUCCUCUACAAACACCUCUUUUCUGUCAAAGGCGACCAAUUAGGUCGAGUCUCGUUCCAGAAAUGUACACAAUUUCUGGAUAAGCUUCGAGAGAUGGCCCAUAUUUUAAAGCAAGAGCGACUGCUUUUGUAAGAGAUCGUCGUCAUCACUAGGUUGAAGUUUGUUAGUGUGUAAUGAAAUUUCGAUGGAAUGGAAGAAGCUUAUGUUCAUGGUAUUUCAUAACAGAUACAUGUUUCUGUUGCCCAAACUUCCGUUUCUUGCAAAAGUCAACAACCCGAUCAAUUAAUUACCUCUAAUUCUAUUCAAAUGGGCUAUUGCCCAAACGAAAACUCUUCGCUUGUUUGAAGCCCUCUGUGGGGCAAACGGGGUAACGUCUGAAAGACUCGUAGGACUAAUAGAGCGACAUCUUUUGUUAACACAGGGCAUUCUUUCUUUCGAAUGUCGGAAAUGCUGGAAGAAGUGAAACCAUGAUUCGUUUCAAUUCAAUUCAGACACUCGCUAGUCUCAAAAAGAGACGUUUUCCCACUUUCUCUUUAAUAUUUUAUGGCUUUCUAUGACUUUAUUUCGUUUUAGCGGAGUUUAGUCAUGCAAGGGUGUACUGCCCUCUAUUGAUCAAGAGACAAAAGGCUCCGUUUGAAAAGCUGAGCAAACUCUUGAGUGCUUGCCUAGAACAGAAACCAUUAGGUGCCACCUCCGCACCAUUGACCCCGUCUCAGUUCAAAUGUUCACGUGUGUAGCCCUUGAUUUCAUACUCGCACACGUAUUCGAUCAAAUUGUUGCAAAUUUAUAUCUAAUUUUUAAUUCAUGCAAAUUGCUACCCAAAUUUUUGCUGUUGUUUUACACCAACCACUUCCCACACUAUUCUCAAAAUGUGAUGCAUACAUGAUCUCGAUUGGAGAUUGUCCUUCCCCACUAGUCACGUUUUUCCAGUCUGGAGAGAUAGAUUCAUGUUUGCUUUAAAACUGCAAGAUUUGAAAAUCGAACAAAAUAUUCCACCCAGCAGGCUCAAUUGUAAAGUGAAGGACAUCAGCAAAGAGUCCACUUUCCUUCUUGCUGCAUCGCAAUACCUCUAUUAGCGAGAGAUUUUCAGAUAUUUUUGUACUGACACCACCUCAUGAACUCAAGAAGCUGAACCUAUCUACCCCUACACUAGAUGGCGUUGUGAAGAGAGGUACCAACCUGUCGUUUUUGCACCCCUGAUAAAUGUGUCGAAACCGAAACUAGUUUUGUGUGAUGAUAAAUACAAUACAAGGACCCUAUAUAUUCACCCCUCCCUCCCCCUUAGAACUCCCUCAACACGAACAUUUCGUGUCAUUUGAAUCCAUCGAGUUGCUCAAUGUCCAGCAUAAACCACGCAUACACCUCAAAAAAUGUUAUAGUUUAUUUUGUGAUUAUUCAUGUUAUAUACGAUAUCGUGUUUCAACAACCUUCGUGCAUAUUAUAGAGUCUUUUUAAAGAAAAUAUAAAAAAUAUUUCCCAAGUAGAA